UGAUGACGCCGCUUGAUCAUUAAAAAAAAUCUGCCGUUAAAAAAUAUCAGAGAAUUAGGUCAGCAAACUAACUCAGUACCAAUGGUCACGCUAUGAGUGUAACUACCGUGUUUUUGAAUAUAUAGCUAACCUUCACAAAGACGCGACCUGGACAUAAAAUAUAUAACGUUAGGAGAUUGAUGUCCGGUGUUUCCAGCAUCUGCAGACAGGAGCCGUAGACCGGUCCGUCUGCUUGCCUCCCUCCGCUGGGCUUUGGAGACUCGCAAACCCCAAAAAACGUUAACGCUAGCUAUUGUAGUCCCGGCCAGGCUGGGGCUGAAUGGUUAGGCGAAGAAGGAGAGACGUCGACACACACCACCAGACAGAACCUGAAGACUGCCCUGCUGAGACCCAGGAAAUUACUCCUCGCCUCGUCUCGACAGACUCGUAGCAACACAGUGCACAUUUCAGUAACGAUAGUUCCAAACAAACAUACUUUAAGGACUUGGGCAUGUGAACCCAAACACCUAAGACAUGUGAGCCUCGACCUUUCUGUCCCAGAUCUUCUUUACCCUGAGUAGAAGUUGAAGUUUGACAAUGUCGAGCCGCCGGAAAUCGACCACACCUUGCAUGGUGCUGACCACUGAUGUGGUGGAGCAAGAAGAGGUGAAGGACAAAACUCAGAAGACAAAUGAGGAGGAAGAGGAGUUGGAAGGGAAGAAGAAGGAGGGAGCAGAGGAUCUGGAUCAAGCAGUAGUGGUUGUCCCCACCCCUCCAGAUACCGAUGAGCCCAAUCUCUCUACUGUGGAAGACAGCGAAGUCCUUGCUCCAUCACUAAAGCUCAGCGCUACAAACCCUUCUGAGGAUUCAAGCAGCGACCAGCCGCCCCAGGAACAACAGUGUGAUACACCCGAGGAGGACGAAGCAGACCCUGCCACGGUUUCUGCCAUUUCCCUCAGCAAGACCCCCAUCAUGAGAAUGAAGACCAAAUCUGAACCCAAGAGGAUCGCCGUGUCCCUGAAAUCAACAGACAAAGCGGCUGAGGGGUUUGGAAGGGGUGGUGAGGGAGAGCUGGGAGGAGAUCAGGAGCCCAUUGAAGCUCCUCUUGGGCCUAUGACGCCCGUGGAGAUGCUGCUGCACGACUCCAUGAAGCUCGGGGGAGGGGGCUUGCUGGUCAGCCCAUACUCAGAGCAGCAGAGAAAAGGAGCAACUUUGAACCCCACAGUUCUGCCUGCUGGCCUGGCACAGGUGCUUUCUGCUUUCCAGGCCCAGCAGAGUGCAGCAGCAGCUCAGCCUCAGCUGCUGAUUCCCCUCAGCAGCAUCCCAUCCUACAGUGCCGCUAUGGACACCAACCCCCUGCUGGGCAGCACAUACAAGAAGUUUCCUUACCCCUCCAUGGCCGAGAUCAACAGCCUUGCAGCACAUACACAGUUCACAGAGGAGCAGAUCAAGGUGUGGUUCUCAGCCCAGCGGCUGAAGCACGGCGUGAGCUGGACUCCAGAGGAAGUGGAGGAGGCCAGGAGGAAACAGUUCAAUGGCACGGUGCACACGGUGCCUCAGACCAUCACUGUCAUACCUGCUCACCAGCUCUCAGCAGCUACUAACGGCCUGCAGUCCAUCCUUCAGACCUGCCAGAUAGUGGGCCAGCCCGGCCUGGUAUUCACACAGGUCGGCCCAGGGGGGCACCUUCCAGUGACCAGUCCCAUCACUCUGACAGUGGCGGGGCUGCCCAGCCAGUCCCAGAGCUCCAGCAGAGUUUCCUGCCAGCCCACCCCAACAAACAGUGAGCUAAAGCGGGCUACUACUGUCCAGCCUCCCUCUCUUUCUCCACAGGAAAACUCCGCUCUCAGUGCUGACACAUUUAGUUUGCGGCCGAAGAAGUCCAAAGAGCAGCUGGCAGAGCUGAAAGCCAGCUACCUGAAAAACCACUUUGUCACUGAUGCAGAAAUUUCCCGGCUUAUGAAGCUCACCAACCUCACAAAGGGAGAGAUCAAGAAAUGGUUCAGUGACACCAGGUACAACCAGCGCAACUCCAAGAACAGCAAUGUCAUAGUUUUCCAUGACGGAGGGGGCAAAGCAAGUGGCAACGGUGGUAGCACUGCUGGCACCACCAUUAUUAUUGACUCAAGCGAUGAGACCCCCACAUCUCCCCAUCCUCCACGCACUCCUCCUAUGAAGGAGAAGGAGACACGGGCCAAAACGUGGAAUCCGUUCCCAGAUUUCACCCUGCAGAAGUUUAAGGAGAAGACUCCGGAGCAGCUGGUGGUGCUGGAGGAAAGUUUUGAGAAGAGUGGCACUCCAUCGGAUGAAGAACUGAGCCGUCUGAGAACAGAGACUAAACUGACUAGGAGGGAGAUUGAUGCCUGGUUUACUGAGAGGCGAAAGAUGCCGUCUGUCAGUACUUCCUCCCCAGGUUCUUCAGAGGGAGGAAAGAUGGAGGUAGACGGAGGAAAAGCAGGAGAAGGAGCCACUUCUUCUUCUCCUUCUGCCUCCUCGUCUCGCAAAGGUAGCCAAACUCCUCCUGGCGGUCGCAGCAACAAAGACAUGAAAGAUAAGAGUAAAAAGACCCCGGAGCAGCUCCAUAUUUUAAAAAGUGCCUUUGUGCGGACCCAGUGGCCCACCCCAGAGGAGUACGCCCAGCUGGCAGAACAGAGCGGCCUCCCUCGGUCCUACAUCGUCAGCUGGUUUGGUGACUCUCGGUACUCGUGGAAGAACAGUAACCUGAAAUGGUUCUUCCAGUACCAAAGUGGCAACGUCGAAGGGCCAAGCGGCAGAGGGGGCAAUAAAAUGGGAAGCAACAGCAGCACCAGUCGAAAAAGACGAAGCCGAAAUCGUGGUUGGGGGCGGUCCCGAACCAGAAAGCAGCCAAGACGAUCUGCCUCCUGCAGCGCAGAUGUGGAUAGAUCUCCUCCGCCAAAGAAAUUCAAGAGUGGGAGGGAGAUUCUGAGAGAAUACUACAUGAAGCACCGCUUUCUCAAUGAGCAAGACCUGGAUGAGCUUGUCACCAAGACCAACAUGAGCUACGAACAGGUGAGGGAGUGGUUCGCCGAGGUCCAGCGACGCUUGGAGACAGGCUCGGAUCCCUUCCUGGAGGCGGCGGCAGGAAGGACAGACGGCGACAAAGCAGGUGAGGGAGGAGAGACGCAGGGAGGGGCGUUGACCGUCACCGCGGAGCAGCCUGGCACGGGGGUGGGAGACGAGGAUGAUGAUGAUGAUGAAGGAGACGAGGACGACGACGCCGAUGAUACAGACGACAGUGAGGUUUGGGAGCCGUCGCGUAGCGUCAGGAAAUCCUUGUCCGUCUCGGAAGACUAAUGAUUGUGGAAAGCACGGUGAAACCACACAGAAUGUUACGAGAGAAAUACACUUUUAUGAUCAAUGGAUGACAGUUAGCUAAACCAAGUCUUUUUGCCACUGAUUAGCGAAUGUACUCAACAUUAAUUUACUGUAUUUUUAAACUAUUUCUGACAUCAUGUCUACAUGAAACUACCAGACGGACAAUUAGCUUUAGCUCAGUCUCUCGAUGCUUACGUUAUUAACUGUAAGUCAUGUGUAACAGUUUAGACACGAAUCAUGGUGAAGAAGGAGUUUUUAGCAAACUGGCACAGCAAAAUUUGAUCAUCAAGUGCAGUCUUCAAGCCGAAGAAGAAAACUGUUGAAAUGAAAUAGUUACCCAUAUCAAUUUCAAUGGAUGCAUACAGACUGUUGUAAAGUAGAGAUUCUAAUGUCAACCAUGACUUUGUGAAAUUAGCAAUCCUUGUCUGCUCAAAUGAACACGUGUGUGCUGCAUAUCCUUGAGAAGGAACUUGAAAUCCGUUCAAUCUUCACAGCAAACUUACACACAAACUAACAGCGCACACAGAACAAAAACAAAGGUGCUUAAAAACGUAUGACAGCUAGAUGUCACUGCUGAGCAAUGUCCCCAAUGAAACGAACAUGCAUCUGUGGAACCAGUUGAAUUUCCCAUGUCACAGUUCAUAUUUUUAAAGAAGAUCAUUGCAAGGACUGGACAAUCAGCAGAUUAUUUGAGCCAACGUGGAUUGAUAUUAACUCUGAAAGUCUGCCAUUUUUAUCUCUUACAGGUAAAAGCCUAAAAAUAUAUGAGAAAGUCCCUUACUGCCGAAUGAAUGCCAUUGCCACGAUGGUUUUAAACCCAAGUCUUCCCUUUACAGCAGCUUGUUGUUUCAUUAGUAUUAUAGAUUUUUAACUGAACACACACAGAUCUGAUGGAGAAAAAAAUGCCACAGUAUGUGUUCAGUAUGUACUGUUAAUGUUAAAUUCUUAAAAUGUAGAAUUUUAAACACAUUUUUCCACUUUUGAUAGAACACACCCUGUGCUACUGUGACCUUUUUAAAGGCUGAUUCAGACAGCAUGGCACUGUCCCAAAGAUGAAUGUGUUGUCUCCGGGGCGGUGAGCCGUUCGAGGCCGAUGCAACAUUUGUGAACCAACUAAUGGCCGCUGUGAGGCACACAUCUAGGUCCACUGAAGUAAUAAUAGUAACUGAAAUGUUUUGCUGCAGUGCUUCAUUAGAAUUUACAUUUCUGAUGGGUUAAAGGGAUGGACAGAAUUUUAAGAUGGGGGAGUUUUACCCAAAACAUGUAUAUGCAGGCACCAGCUGCAUCUCCAGAAAAUGUAAGUCCACACACAAUUUAUCAACCCCAAAUCAACUUGUGAAUACAUCUGGGUCUUCUUGACCCAUUCUUUAAAAAAAGACUGUUAAACGGUAUUUCAAAUAAUAAUUUGUAAUCAGUCUGCACUGAAGAGACAAACGUGAAGCACCUAAUCUAAACUUUUAAAAAUGCACUUUGUCCACUUGUAUACAUAGUGGACUAAAUCCUGAUUUGGCACCUUAAUCUCUUAUUAUACCAUGAAAUGGCUCUGAGAGACCAAAUCUGUUUUGUAUGAAUACAAGCUGAACCAGUAUUUUGCCUUUUUUAUCCUCUGUGUGUUUUCAGGAGGAGAAAUCAAUGUAUCCACUUUUUUAAUCAUGUGUUUCAUAGUUGGAUGUUUAUUGUAAGGUUCAAAACCCUAGUAGAACAAUCACCCACCGCUUUUUUUAUGCUCAAUUGCACAAGAGCCCCAUUUUUAAGCUUUUGUCCUUUUUGGAAAUGCACACAUGUUAUAUUUGUUGUUAUGUUUUGUACUGUUGCUUAAACCAAUGGGAAAUUGUCUUCUAUCUUUUCUUUCUCUGCUCCCACAUUCCUGCUGUCUGCCUCUUUACCCCUUUCCUCCUGUCAACUUUUAAAAAAUGAAUGCCUAGACUCAAGACAUGUUUCUGUAAAUGUUAGCAGUGUCCUGUUGGUUCUGUCUCUUUCAAUUGUCUACAACACAGACCGACACACAGAGAGACUGACAGACAGGGCUAAAGGGACAUCUUCAAAUGACUGAAAUUGUUUAAAAUUGCUGCAAUGCCUGAGGAAACAGCACAGCAUUCUCCUAAAGUCUACCAAAUAACGCUCCUCUUUCUCACUGUUCCCACGCUUUACAUUGACAGGACAGUAGACUGAAAACUGUCUCUGUCACAAUUCAUCACAAAAAGGGGAGAGACUGAUGAAGCUUUGCAGAUAAACCUAUGUGCCUACAUGGCUCGUAUGCUUGUUUGAACUGAAUUUCACCAACUCUCGACAGAAGAGGAUGUCAGAGAAUUUGUGAAUGCUUUUGGAAAUCACACACUGUUGGCUGAUUUUGACGGAAGGACUGUUCAAACUAAGUUGUGAUGCAUGACCGAGCUCUGCUGAUGCUAAAAGAUGCCUAGAAACUCUGUUUAGAUUAUAAACUUUGGUUGUAAAUCCUUAAAUGGAUCCCUUGGUGUUCCAAAGUGUAUUGUAUGUUUUAACCAAGCACUUGUCACACUGCAUAUUGGCACCUUUAGCUGUCCAAAAAGGAUUUUAAACAAUAUUGUCUGCUAGCCAUAAGCUAGCUACAAUAGCUGGUUUAUAGCAACCAAAGGGGAGCUGAAACCUUAAACCCUUUUGUUGUAAUGUGACGAGUACUUGGCCAUGAAAAAAUAAAACAUUCAAAAUGUAUACCUUUUGUCUAAUAACGCAUGCAAUAACCAAGACGAACAACUGCUCAUUUUGUACAUAUAAUAUUUGGGUUGGUGUACUUGGCACAGUGAAAGCCUGAUCUGGGAGAUUUUUUUAUUAGCUACUUUUCAUUCUUGAACCUUUUUUCUCUUAAAAGAAAUUGACAUAUUUUUUUCAUUUGCUCACCACAACCACAACAAUUUCAGUUAUUGAACGGCAGCCAUUUUGUGCCCAAUUGGUGAUACAUAUUUCUUAAACUACUAAUUUGAACAUGCUACAAACUAGCUUGUUUUAGUCCAGAGAUUAGGCUUCAUCCUGCCCCCGGGUAUCCAGCCCAGUCUUUUACAGCAUGCUCUUAAGUCUUUACUAUAGUCAGUCUGUUUUGAAUGGUUUUAUAUGUUUCUUUCUAUGAAAACUCUGUCUUUACAGCUCUUUCCAGACAUGAAUGGAUUGCUUGUUAAUGACACAGAAUCAAACAAUAUGUACAUGUGAGUAGUGUUUUUGAAAUAGAAUCAGCUUUUUGCUACUUUGGUUUCAAAGAAUAUAGAAUCAAAACUCAAUAGAAAAGACAAGCACUCAGUUGAACAAGUCGACUGAUCUCAUGAAAUGGCGUAUGUGGGAGCGUGAGGGAGGUUAGUCAGUGUGGCGGAUGGGUAAAACAUAGGACUUUCACCCGGGAGAGCGGGGAUCGUGUCCACGUGUCCUGUUUCCUUAACUCAACUGUUGCUUUCUUCCCGCGAUACCACAGCAAGUAGCGUGUAUGUUUACGCUUGCUGUUUACAGCAUGGACAUACACGCGGAUAGCUCAAAAUGCGUACAGAUAACACGCCACUUGGCUCAAGAAAGUCAGCGUGUAUGUUUACAUGAUGUCAUGUUGACUGGUAGCACUGGGAUUUGUUUUUAUGCUUGCUAAUCAUUUUUUCAGAUUUAAGAAUCUAGAGUCAUUGCUUUCUUUAUGAAGCUACAUUCAAUGUAACAGAAAACUAAUUUCAAAUUACAACAGUUGCUUCAAAGGCCACUCCACAGAUUUUACACAUGAAGUUCACUCGUCAUGAGAAGUUUUACUCUGCCUAUGCAAAACACAUUGGAAAAAAGUUAUUCUGUGACUCUGGACUGGGCUUUUAUAGUGAUGUCAUUAGGGUAAUCUCAGAUUUGAAAAACUAAUUUUAACAGUGAACCUGCACUUUAAAUUGUAGAUGUAAAAUGUGAGUUUUUAGAAAGUAAGGAGAAUCUAAUAAAAGACACAAUCUGUUGCAUUAUAGGAAAUGUAGAAUCCUGUGUUUUUGGAACUUGACCCGUUAUAGAGACUAAAAAUCUAGAUAAUUCAGCCUCUGCUGUACACAUUUUGACAAUUUUCUUUUUUAUCUGUCUCUUGUGUGAGUCCCCCAAAGGCAGUACUUACGCUUGGGUACCCCUUUAUUGACGUCAUGUCCAUUAGACAACAGGUAGAAACAGAAGCAGCCUGGCUCUGCUGCAAUAUAACUGCCUAAGAAAACUACUGUUUUAAAUAAUAAACCUUCUAUUUUAAAUAUGAAUCAUGUAUCUAAUUAGUUUUCCCAGGUCGCUGAGGUGGCGUGUCUACUCCGUGAGUUGUGAUUUUACAUCCAACAGUCAUCAUGUAUCCCAGUUAACCUUGUGCAGUAGAGCUAACCACAUUGUGAUCGGAGUAUUUUACCUGAUGUCCUAUUGUGCACAUGUCAUAUCUGUAUCCAUCGCUAUACGCCUGCUGUAGUCCUUCCUUGUUUUCUGUAUUUAGACAGAUAGUUGGUUGAAUGUUUCUUACAGCAAUCAGAGAUUCAAAUGUUUUCACUAUACAGCAGCCAGCUUUUUAUGGCAAAAAAAACUAAACCUUGUUAGUAUUGUAAUAUACUGUAUGUAUAAAUGUUUUUUUUUUAAACUCCAUUACAGUGUACACUUCCCCUUUUGUUUUUUCUGCUCAAAUGUUUAUCUGUUGACAGUUAUUACCCCAAAUUAUUGCUUCUAAAGAGUUUGCUUUCCUUUUAACUGUUUACUUUAUGUUCCUGCUUCAACACAACUUGUAUUUCCUGACCAGUUUUACCAAAUGAUGACAGUGAUCUCUCAGCUCCUGUGUUAAGUUACAGUUGGUUCCGUAGACACAGAUACUGUAGGAAGAAUACAAUGAUCUAACUGUAUACUGUACGGUUGUCAGCCGGGGGGUCCCCGGUUCAAGUCCCCAUACGGACCUAAGUACGGUGGUGGACUGGUUGCUGGAAAGAUGCCAGUUCACCUCCUGGACACUGCCACGGUGCUCUUGAACAAGGCCCUGAACCCCCCGCUGCUCGGGGCGCCUGUCCAUUGACAGCUACAUCCCCCUCACUCAGACAUCAGUGCAUUAGUGCAUGUAGCUUUACUGAGCCUGUGUGUGUAUUUCAGGCCUCUGUACAAUGUGGAUUCUAAAAACAGAGUAAAAACAUUGUAGUUUCCCUUGCGAGAUUAAUACAGUAUGAAUUAUUAUGAUUAUGUUAAAGACGACAAGUAUUUACUUGUUUUAAACUGUCACUCCUGACUUUAAAGUGUAACUUGCCAGAAUGCCACCUAGGGUCUUUUGGUAGAUGUACCCAAGUCAAACUUUUGUUUAAAAGCAUAACUAGGGCAGAAGCGCCACUUUUAAGAUUUAUAGUUUUUUUGUCAAAUGGCCUUUUGAAUGGGAGUGCUAGAGGUGCUACUAUGAUAGUGUUUUUAAAACACUAAGAGGCUCGACACAACAUGAAGCUUUGCUCCAAGCAUCACCAGGGUCUCUACUCAUAAACUCGAGCAUUGAGAACAUUGUUUGUGUACACAGUUUACUAAAAUUAAAGGUUUUGGUUAACUAAUGUUAGCAGUUGGUUUUUGGGAGGGAUCUAAGACUUCCACUUGAGAAUCCACCUUGAACUGAUAUGCCUUAAACAAGACUUACCUAGAACACCUGAUUGGCGACAAGAAGGGAUUCUGGGCAUUAAACUGACUUACUAGAGUUGAUUUUAUUUUUUUGCAGGUAAUGUUGGCAAAGAUGUUGUUGUUGAUGAUGAUUACCUAAAACAAAACAGGAUUCAUUGGUGUUAUUCUGUGUCCACAGAACUGACAUUUCCAUUUGUAAGUUAUUCCUACACUCUGCCUGUACAUCUGAAAUGUGUUAAAAACAGUAUCUUUCAUAAACUUUGAUUAAACAUGAUGAUGAUAUACUUAUGUGCGUUUGCCUCUGGAGGCUUCCUUUAGAACAAUUCCUUUUGCAGUCCCUUUAAACAUCAGCUUGUAGCUACCAAAUGUGAGGCACACGAUUUGUGCAAUAUUAAUUGAAAACCCCAGUUUUUAUUGAGGCUUGAUUUCUACCUUGAUUUAAAAUAGAUAUUUUUUUUACUUGUUUGAGGACAAAACCCAAUAAAGAUUAUAAUAAA